AUGGGGUGUUUGAACGACGAGUCGUUUGGCCCGUCGGUCAGUGGCUGUCGGGAUGACUUUGAUUUCACGAACACUUUUGAGCAGAUUUGGUUUUCCAUCGUGCCAGCCUGUGUCUUCCUUACAGCAUUUCUGCCACGAUCAUUGUUCCUGCUACGCGAGCCGCGCGAAGUCCACGCACCUGGAAGUUUGCUUGGCCUCAAGCUGAUUUCCUGGACCGUGUUCACGGCUAUUUGCCUUUCCCAAUUGGUCGUCAGCGUCAGAACCGAUCGAGCCUCAACAUCGAUUUCAUCUGCCUCAGUCAGCUUGGACUUCAUCGUGGCCCUAUCUCUCACACUACUAUCUGGUCUUGAACACUUCAAGUCUCGCCGUCCAUCCGUCCUGCUCUGCGUGUUCUUGCUUUUUACGCUGCUAUUCGACAUCGCUCGAUGCAGGACACUCUGGCUGGUUCACCAUGAUGCUGAAGAUGGACACAGUCGCACGCUGGCCUCCCUGUUCUCGUCGCGAGUUGCGAUUAAAACGGCACUGGUUGUGCUAGAAGCACUUGGUAGAAGAAAAUGGCUCGGCCCGUCCGCCUCAACACACAGUCCUGAAGAAAUGACCAGUAUCUUCGGUCUCGCACUUUUCACCUGGAUCUAUCGAUUGCUUGGCAGAGGCUAUAGAUCACCUCUCAAAACAGAUGACCUCUACCCUCUCGAUCAGUCUUUGCAUGCGAAAGGACAGUUCUAUGAUCAAGCUCCACGUCAGCAACCACAUAAAAGCCAGCAAGGCAAAAACGAGAAUCAACCUGGAAACGCCAGUCUGCUAUUCGAGGCCGUUGGAACCGGCCUUUUCCAGCCAGUGCUUCCCCGGGUAUGCUUGAUUGGGCUGAAAUUCUGUCAGCCACUAUUCCUGCACACGCUUCUGAACUUCUUACAAGACGCGUCUGGCGGUACGGACCACGAGCAAGACAAUCAGUCGUACGGACUUAUCGGUGCCAGCAUACUCAUCUAUCUUGGCCUUGCAGUCUCCACUUCCAUGUACUGGUAUUUUCAAGACCGGGCUCUUACCGUGCUGCGUGGAUUUUUGGUGACUUCUAUCUACCAGAAGACCGCACAAGCCAAGUCCGACAUCAACGGUGACGGGGCUCCUGUCACUUUGAUGAGCACAGACGUUGAACGGGUCUACACCGGUCUGCGAUUCGGCCAUGAAACCUGGGCUAGCUUGAUCGAAGUCGCUAUUGCAUGUUGGCUGCUUCAUGGCGAGUUGGGGAACGCAUUCUUGGCACCAUUAGUGGUUGUGCUGCUUUCAUUUGGGGCAAGCUUUUUCAUAUCCAAGCUAUCGGGCAAGUAUCAGAAGGUCUGGAUGCAGUACAUUCAAGCUCGCGUUGGCCUAACAAGCAGCUUUCUCUCGAACCUCAAGCAACUUCGCAUUGGUGGCCUCUCGGGGUUGGUGGCAGAGACCGUGCAGCAAAAAAGAGUCGAGGAGCUUAGCAAGGGAGGCAACUUUCGUACCAUCAUUGCCUUCACCGCCGCACUCUCGCAAGCACCGGGCAUUGUUUCACCAGUGGUUGCUUUUGCAUUUGCUUUCGGGCCUCUUGGAAAUCCUGCCGCCACAACGACGGCGUUCACAUCUCUCUCCUACAUCAUGCUUUUGGCUGCACCUCUGCAAUGGCUACUGCAAAGCAUUCCCCAGAUCACAGCCAGUCUGGCUUGUCUAGAUCGGAUCCGCGACUAUCUCAAUGCCCCGUCAUGGCAAGACUCCCGUGAAAGCGCAGCAAAGGAAGAAAGCGCCGUGCAAGUCCUUUCGGAACCUGAAGCUGUAAGUGAGAAGCAAGAUGACUCACUUAUCGUGCGGAGUUUCAGUGCGGAAGACAGACCUGCCAUACAAAUUCUGGAUGGAACAUUUGCAUGGAAAGAAGAGGAUAGCCCAGUUUUGCGCAACAUCAACAUUAUUGUACCAAGGUCAUCCAUCACUUUGGUGACAGGGCCUAUGGCGUCUGGCAAAUCAACACUAUGCAAAGCAAUCCUCGGUGAGGUGCCUCUGGCGAGCGGUCGGGUCAUAGUCAACACGGGUAGAACGGCAUACUGUGAUCAGGACCCAUUCUUGUGGAAUGGAACGAUCAAGGAGAAUAUCAUCGGCUGCUCGUCAUAUGUCUCUUCACGAUAUGAAGAAGCCGUGGAAGCGUCUGCGCUUGCCAUAGAUCUGAACAAUCUCACUGAUGGAGAUCAGACACGUGUGGGAAGCAAAGGUUCAUCUCUGAGCGGUGGACAGAAGCAACGGGUCUGCCUUGCGCGAGCCUUGUAUCAGCAUGCUGACCUGCUUGUGUUUGAUGACGUUUUCAAGGGUCUUGACAGCAAGACACAGCGCCAUAUCUGGCGAUGUGUCUUCGGCAGCGAAGGCAUUUUGCGUCAGCGUGGUGCCUCCGUUGUCCUCUGCACCCACGCCACUGAGUUCCUGCGAUUCGCUGAUCACAUCAUUCGGCUUGGCUCCCAGGACUCUCAGGGGACAAUCGAAUCCCAAGGACCGCCUUCCCAGAUACUGUCCGAUGUCGAGAAAGCUGACUCGGCUGCCGAUCCAGACUCAUUUGGAUCUGCUUCCAGCUCGCUCUCUCAGCAGCAGUCAUCUGACGAUGAUUCUCCACCAUUGAGCGAAGAAAAGGAGCCGAGUGCCCGCAAGAAAGAAGCCUUACCUUCACCAAAAAGUCCCAAGCCUGCACCUGCUCUGACGACUGCAGAUUCUGCUGUUUACAAGCACUACGCUUCCAGCGUCGGUCCUUUGCCACUGCUCCUCUUCGCCUUGCUUGCGGUCAUCGUUGGCUUCUGCACCGUUUUCCCCACCAUUUGGAUAAAGUACUGGACCGACGAUGUUGUCCGCACAGAACCGCGGCACGGAUUUCCAUUUUACAUCGGUAUCUUUGCUUUGCUGGCCGCCUGCGCCCUCGCUUGCAAUCUUCCAGCUGGCAUCGUGACAAUGCGCGUCAUGGUGCGUCUCUCGGGUAGCAGGCUACACCAAAAGACACUCAACACCAUCACCCAUGCCAGUCUUGGCUUCUUGACACGUACUGACACCGGUGUCGUUCUAAAUCAUUUCUCUCAGGAUAUGACGAUCGUGGACACUCAGUUGCCCGGGUCGUUGACAAAUCUUGGAAUAGUCAUGUCCGUUUUCAUUGGCCAGGCUGUGGUGAUAGCUACGUCCUCGGCUUACCUUGCCAUCAGCUAUCCAUUACUACUAGCUCUGCUCUAUGCCGUCCAAAAGUUCUACCUUCCCACCUCUAAGCGUCUACGGCUCCUUGAUCUCGAAAACAAAAGCCCGCUCUAUACGCACUUCCUGGACACUGUCUCAGGAAUUGUCACCCUACGAGCGUACGGGUGGCUACCGCAGCAUGCCAAGAUCAACCAUGAUUUUCUUGAUACGUCUCAGAGGCCUUAUUACUUACUCGCCAUGGUCCAGCAAUGGCUCACGUUAGCAAUGAAUCUUAUAGUCCUCAUUCUUGCUGUGCUCUUGGUUGCCCUUGCGACUCAAUUGAGAGCCCAACCGGGCUUUGCUGGCGCUGGUCUUGUCAGCUUGAUCAACUUCGGCACCCUACUCACGGGCAUUAUUACCGCAUAUACGACGCUGGAAGUCUCUCUUGGUGGUAUUGCUAGGUUAAAGCACUUCAGCGAGGCGACAGAACAGGAAGACAGUCAGGGUGAGGAUCACGUACCAGGAAGAGAGUGGCCAUCAACGGGCAGCAUUGAGAUCAGAGAUGUCUCCGCUGGGUACAAUUACGAGAGCGAAAAAGACAGCGUUGGUGCGGAAGAAGGACUUGCUCUGAAACACAUCAACCUCUCUGUUCGUGCAGGAGAGAAGGUUGCUCUAUGCGGAAGGACUGGCAGUGGUAAAUCUUCUCUGCUCGCCCUCCUGCUGCGUCUUUUUGAUCCUAUCAAUACCGACGCCAGCUCCUCCAAAAUCCUCAUCGACAAAACCUCGAUCCACAACAUCGACCGCUCAACACUCCGACAGCGUAUCAUUGCCGUGUCGCAAGACCCCGUCUUUCUUCCAGACGGGUCACAAGCUACCUUCCGCACCAACCUUGACCCCUUCGACGCGGCCUCGGAAGAAGACUGUCUCUACGCCCUCGAUGCAGUCAGCUUGCGCGCGGCAGUGGAGGCAAAAGGUGGGAUAGGUGCAGCCUUUGAGUCGAGUGCUCUCAGCGGUGGGCAGCAGAAAUUGUUCAUGUUAGCUCGGGCCGUCGUGCGGAGGAUGGUUUGUGAAAAGGCACAGCAGACAGCAUCAGUCAGCGCAGGAGGUCUUCUACUCCUAGACGAGAUCGGAGCGGGCGUGGAUGCGGAAACAGAGAAGACCUUUCUUGAAAUUCUCCGACGCGAAUUCGCGGCAUACACAGUACUCAAUAUCACGCACUCCGACGAGGUGGCUGGGCAGUAUGAUCGGAGAAUCGUGCUCGAUAGUGGUUGUGUGAUAGAAGAUACGGCAUCUUGA